AUGGCGGCGCCGGGCGCUGAGGAGCUGCGGGCGGGCGGGCCGGGAUCCGCGGACGGCCCGGGGCUGGGCGCCGUCCCGCCGCACCCCGGCGUCCCGCCGCACCCCGGCGUGUCGCGGCGGCGCGGGCGGACGCUGCUGGUGCGGCACCUGCCCGCCGAGCUGACGGCGGCGGAGAAGGAGGAUCUGCUGCAGCACUUUGGGGCCGUGUCUGUGCGGGUCCUGUCGGACCACGGGCGGCUGAAACAUACUGCUUUUGCCACCUUUCCCAGUGAAAAUGCAGCUGCAAAGGCUUUAUCAAGACUGCAUCAGCUGAAACUUUUGGGUCACACCUUAGUUGUUGAAUUUGCAAAGGAGCAAGAGAGUGCCCAGGUACUUAGCCAGCCUUCUGCCUCAGACAAGUGCAAAAGUUUAGAAGAACCAGUGAAAGAAGAAGAGAAGAUAGAACCAAACUGUGUUAAAAUAGAGAAUGGAAUUGCACCCAACCAUGGCCUCACCUUUCCCAUCAAUUCUUGCCUCAAAUAUUUGUAUCCACCACCUUCAAGUGCAAUUCUAGCAAAUAUAGCAAAUGCCUUGGCAAGUGUGCCCAAAUUUUAUGUCCAGGUACUCCAUCUGAUGAAUAAAAUGAAUCUUCCUCCACCUUUUGGACCAAUCACUGCUCGCCCUCCCAUGUAUGAAGAGUAUUUGCCAGUGCCUGUGCCACCUCCCCCAAUCCCACCUCUGCCUCCUGAAGAGCCUCCUUUGCCUGAAGAAGAAGAAGGACUUUCUAGUGGGGAUGAAUCAGAAUAUGAAAGUGAUAAUGAUGAGGAAAAGGAGAGAAUGACAAAGUUGAUGGAAUUAGCAACCCUUCAGCCUAAAAGACCAAUAAACACAAAGAAGCGUGGUGUUAGAAAAAAGCAAAGAAUUAAGGACAUGUUGAAUGUUCCUGUGUGUACCUCCCACAGUAACUCGCACCCUACACUGUCACCUUCAGAUGUCUUUGAGCAGCUGCAGCAUGUAGGUCAUAAAAAAAUAGAGUUUCAUAUUAGUACUGAGAUCCCAGCUGUUCUUCAGACAAACCAAGAAAAAGAAGAAAAAAAUGACCUUAAUGCAACCAUGGAAGAAAUCAAUAACACAGGCUUUGGAAGGAUUUUCCCAGCUCCUAGCUCAAAUGAUAAAAUGGAAACUGAAGAGGAAGAUGAUGAAAUACCAUCAGAAUUUAUAUCUAGAAAGGAUCUAGAAAAAAACAGACUUUCUAGAGAAGAAAUGGAAAAAUAUUCUGUUUUCAAAAACUAUGAGCCAGGUGAUCCAAAUUGCAGGAUAUAUGUGAAGAAUUUAGCUAAACAAGUUCAAGAAAAGGAUCUUAAGUUCAUUUUUGGAAGAUAUGUUGACUUCCAGUCAGAGGUGGAACGCAAUAUGUUUGAUAUCCGUGUGAUGAAAGAGGGCCGGAUGAAGGGACAGGCUUUCAUUGGACUGCCCAAUGAGAAGGCAGCUGCUAAGGCACUAAAAGAAGUUAAUGGCUAUGUCUUAUUUGAAAAACCCAUGGUGGUUCAAUUUGCUCGUUCAGCUAGACCAAAACAGGAUGCCAACGAAGGGAAAAGAAAAAAGUAAAACCCUGCACAAGAAACAUUCCUGCGUAAAUACUGCAAUAAUACUGUCAUGCAGAGUGUAUCCUUUCUUGUUGUAUCCUUUUUUGUGCAAUGUUUCCUGUAGCACUCAACUGCAUCUUAGGUUUCCAUAAUAGAGUAGGUGUGGGGAGGAGUUAACACAUUUUAAGCUUGAGCUAAUCUAAUAAUUUUAAAAAGCAAAGUUUUUCGGUGGGGGGGAAAGAAACCAAAGAGUUGUCUGUGUUGUGUGAAUAGACACAAUGAAGGUUCUUAGUCUUAAAAGGUGGCCUUCACCUUUUUCCUCAGGUACCCUAGUAAUUUGUGGUCUUAUUCCUUAGUGGAGCAGUUCGAGCCCAUACCAGCUGAUCAGUGUGAAGCUGUGCUGAGCUCACACUGACCAAGCCACCUUGUUUUACUUUAAAAACCUAUUAAUAUAAUAAUAUGUUGGCUAAAAUAGAUUGUAGAGCAGUUUUAAUAUUAAGGGGUUGACCAGUAUUUUAGGUCAUUUGAUGAUUACUGGUGUCCUGGUACAUGAGAAGCAAUCUGGAGUUGAUUUAGUUAAUACAUUCCUUACUUUCUCUUUUUAGAAUAAAGAAGAAAAUUAACAAUAUCUGGCAUUUAAGUAUUUGGAGCUGGACUAAUAAUCAACUAUUAAUCACUGCUACCUUUUUGUUGGUUGUUUCGGGUUUUUUUACAUUGCUGUCUGCACUGAGGUAGUGUUGUUGCUGGUGACCUACAUGUUUCCUAUGGGUUUCAUACCACAUCACUGUUUAACAUUCUAUAAUAUAAAAUUAAUACAGUCUGCAUUUAUUAAGAUGUAUUUUUCACAGACAUUAAGCACUUUUUAAAACACUAAGCAUCUUUCAAUUUAGUUGUCAAAAGCCAGUAUAACACUGCUGUUUUUUGGUAGUUCUUACUUUUAACAUGCCUUUGUGAUGUUCCAGGUCCCUUUUGUGUUCCUUCUCUUUCAAGUAUUUCCGAGCUGGGGAAGAAGCAGUGUGAUCAUCAGGACUCUUGAACUGUGCGUAGUUGCAUUUCUAAAGUAUUUAAGGCAGAGAAUAAAUUUUCCUGUCUUAAGGAUUCCACAUAUCUUUAAAUAUCACAAGACUUACUACAUCAUAAAUGUAUGUUAGAUUGCUUGUGAAAUCUAAUAAAUUAUUUCCCUUGUCUUCA